UUAAUCAACGGGGUUGAAUCCUAUGGCCGGACUAGAAUGGUUGAUUGCCAUUCCGAACAAACAGCAACAGUGAAGGGUGUGCCAAAGGACACAUCGCUUUCAGAAACAGUCCGAAAAGACAAAUACAAGGGCAUCCAUCCAGUCACCCUGCAUGAAAAAGAUGGCAAGCGGCUCGUCAUCAGCACUUUUACAUGCGACAUCCUGGUUACAAGUUGUGUUCGUCUUGAUCCAGAAGGAAAAUCAGCUGUUUCUGUGGGAGGUGAUACCCACAUCUUCAUCAUCUCUGAAAAAGAUUCUUCAAAAAUCCGUAUUUUCUUUGACUCUGAGCGAGUCAAGCUCUGCAAGGAAAUGAAGAAAUCACUUUGCAGGGUGACAAGAAAUAUGGGAGUGGAGUGUCUACGGCAGAUUAGAACAAAGUUCGAUCGGUUUAACACAUACGACCUCUCUCGGUGCUCUGGGCCAAUGACAAACUCAAUACUUUAUCAGCCAUACACAAUCUUCACCAUUGCCAAUUCCGGAGGUGGCCGUGGGAGGGCAUUUGGUGCUGGAUUUCUUUUCAAUAAAAUUGGUCAAGCAGUGAUUAUUAACAAAGAAAAAGCAAAGCUUGCAAGAAGUGUCAUUAGAGUCAGUCUCGAACAAUGCACGUCUAAUCAAGACUUUCGUACGUCUCUCGAGGCAAUUCAAGCUCUAUUUUCAGAUUCCGUAGACGAGAUUACAGUGAUCGGUAAUGCAGAGCUAAACAAACAUUAG